CGGCGCGGUGACGUCAGCGGGGCGGCGCGGCGCGCGGCGGCGGCGGCCGCACCCCCCGGCAAGAUGGCGUCGCUGCUGCAGUCGGAGCGGGUGCUGUACCUGGUGCGCGGCGAGAAGGAGCUGCGGGCGCCGCUGCCGCAGCUGUACUUCUGCCGUUACUGCAGCGAGCUCCGCUCCCUCGAGUGCGUCUCGCACGAGGUGGACUCGCACUACUGCCCCAGCUGCCUGGAGAACAUGCCCUCGGCCGAAGCCAAGCUGAAAAAGAAUAGGUGCGCCAACUGCUUUGACUGCCCCUGCUGCAUGCACACCCUUUCUACCCGGGCCACCAGUAUUCCUGCUCCGCUCCCCGAUGACCCAGCCAAAACUACAAUGAAGAAAGCGUAUUACCUGGCCUGUGGGUUUUGCCGCUGGACUUCCCGGGAUGUGGGCAUGGCAGAUAAGUCUGUUGCGAGUGGUGGCUGGCAGGAGCCGGAGAACCCCCACACGCAGAGGAUUAACAAGCUGGUGGAGUACUACCAGCAGCUGGCUCAGAAAGAGAAGAUCGAGCGGGACCGCAAGAAGCUGGUGCGACGCCGAAACUACAUGCCGCUGGCCUUCUCGCAACACACUAUACACGUAGUGGACAAAUACGGCCUGGGAACCAGGCUUCAACGCCAGAGGCCCGGCGCUCCGAUCAGUGCUCUCGCUGGACUCUCUCUGAAAGAAGGGGAAGACCAAAAGGAGAUCAAGAUUGAGCCAGCUGAUGCAGUGGAAGAAGUGGAACCUCUUCCUGAGGAUUACUACACCAGACCAAUCAACCUGACAGAGGUGACGACUCUGCAUCAGCGUUUGCUGCAGCCCGAUUUCCAGCCGAUCUGCGCCUCGCAGCUCUACCCGCGUCACAAGCAUCUCCUGAUCAAACGCUCGCUGCGCUGUCGGAAAUGUGAGCAUAACCUGAGCAAACCAGAAUUCAAUCCAACAUCUAUCAAAUUCAAGAUCCAGCUGGUUGCCGUUAACUAUAUCCCUGAAGUGAGGAUCAUGUCCAUUCCCAACCUGCGCUACAUGAAGGAAAGCCAAGUGCUUCUAACUUUGACCAAUCCGGUGGAGAACAUCACGCACGUCACGCUGCUGGAGUGUGAGGAGGGAGACCCUGACAACAUCAACAGCACUGCCAAGGUGGCAGUUCCUCCCAAGGAGCUUAUUCUGGCCGGCAAAGACGCUGCAGCAGAGUAUGAUGAGCUGGCAGAGCCUCAGGACUUCCAGGAUGACCCUGACGUUAUUGCCUUCAGAAAAGCCAACAAGGUAGGAGUUUUCAUCAAGGUCACCCCACAGAAAGAGGAGGGCGAAGUGACCGUGAGCUUUAAGAUGAAGCACGAGUUCAAAAACCUUGCUGCUCCGAUCCGGCCCAGCGAGGAAGGCGAUCAGAUCUCCGAGGUCAUCUGGCUCACCCAUCACGUCGAGCUCAGCCUCGGCCCGGUGCUCCCGUAAAAGCUCCCGGCUCGCGUCCCAGGGGCUGGCCGCAGGACGGACUGUCAGGGAACGAGUGCACCCUGGUGAAACCUUCUGUCAGCGCUCCUUUGCGGUGUGCGGGUGUGCGCCACGCGCCCCAGCCGGGCCGCGAGGAGGAGGCUGCGGGGUGGGGGUGCUGUGCUUCGGGAUGAUUUGUUCUCUUCUUUUCGUAGUGCCCACUAACGCUCUGCUUCCCUCCGCUGCCACAGGCUAGUGUAACUUGCAGCACGUGUUUCAGCGCACAGAAAGAGCUAGCUUUCUCCAGAUUUGCACUACUCCUGGCUGAAUUUGGCUUUGUCAACAGAAAAAAGAACCCAUAUUGUUUCUUCUUC